AAGGAUCUACGGAGAGUUAACAUUGGGUUCUCCAUCCCUGGGGUGCCGCCGAAAUGUGCACGGGGAAAUGUUCUCGAUUCGUCGGGCUGGCGCUCUUGCCCUUGGCGUUUAUAGCCAUCAUCGUCAACCUCUUACUGAUAUUUCCUAACGGGGAGACCAAAUGGACCAACAACAUCACUAUGCAAGUCUGGCUGAUGGCGGGAAUAGGAGGCGCCGGAUUAUUUAUGUUGUGUCCAUCUUGCAACGCCAUUCGGGCGGGUGGUAAAGGUUGCUGUGGGGAGGGAUGCUGCGGAAAUCGUUGCCGGAUGCUGCGGUCAUUAAUAUCUUCAAUCUUCGGAGGUCUUGGGAGCUUCUACUGCGUGGCGGUCUCCGGGACUGCCCUGAGCAAUGGGCCUUUGUGUGCCCUCACCAAUCAGACCGGAAACGCCGCCCAGUGGGGUUACCACUUCAAGGCGAUGGAAGAUAGUUAUCUUUUUAACAAAACCUCUUGGGACAUCUGCGUCCAGCCCCCGAACAUUGUCCUCUGGCACAUUGUCCUCUUCUCCAUGCUCCUGGGAUUGGGAGCCAUAGAAUUUGUCCUCUGCGCCGUCCAGAUUAUCAACGGCCUCCUCGGGGUCAUGUGCGGGGACUGCCGGAAGAAAGAAAAUAACAAUGCUUGAAACAGAUGGAACUCCCUCCCCGUAUCUCGCCCCUUCCUCAACCUGCACUGAAAACUCCUUCUUCA